UUCUGAAUAAAGCGCUGAAAGAUUUUGCUCGCUAACAUAGGCAACCACAGUGUCUGCGGUCUUUCUCUUUUUCCUGGUGCUUCUCCGUCGGCCAUUAAAAAAAAGAGAAAACGGGAAAACAAUACCGAGCCAGUGUGUGAGUGUGUGCCUGUGUGUGCUGUGGAGUGUUGUUGUGGGCUCGGGAAAACUUUAAGAAGCCCGUGGAAAAUCUGUGGAGCUAGCUGGCUGUUUUUUGGCCUUAGAACAGCUGUGUGUAUAAAAAGGCGCUAAACGAAGAGGAGGCGGAGGAAGCAGGAGACAACAAGUGGAGACGGUGCAGAGGCAGAAGAGGAAGAGCGAUGUCCAGCGAAGAAGACAAACCGCCAGCUCCCCCCGUACGCCUCACCAGCAAUCGAGGUGGCGUUGGCAUCGAUCGAGUACCGCUGUCGGGGGGCGUAGCCGGUGGUGGUGCAGGUGGUGUGGGCGGCAGCGGUGGCGGUAUAGGGGAUGUGCCGCCCGUCGAUAUGCGACCACUGCCCAAAGAACCCGACGAUGCCGACCGCAAAAAGAAGACCCUGAAGAGCAAGAUCAAGGGCUCGAAGCCAUCGCACACAGACUCCAAGCCGAACAUCUCGUAUCCCACGAACUUUGAGCAUACGGUGCAUGUGGGAUUCGAUGCAGUGACCGGCGAAUUUACGGGCAUGCCGGAGGCGUGGGCGCGUCUGCUGAUGAACUCGAACAUCAGCAAGCAGGAGCAGAAGAAGAAUCCCCAGGCUGUGCUCGAUGUGCUCAAGUGGUUCGACAACACAACCAAACAGAGGCCCAGCUCCAAGUACAUGACAAAUGCCAUUACCACGCAUUCUGGAUCCUCGCUAAGCCGCGUCAGCAGCAGCAGCCCCAGCAGCACGCCGACAGACUCUGAGCUGCACGGCUCGAACAGUGGCGGCAACCUGAUCGGCGUGCAGCUGGGCAGCAUGACACUCGGAUGCAAUGCCAACAAUGUGGCCGCAGCCGGACAGAUCCUGGGCAACCACUACCAGCAGCAGCAGCAGCAUCUCCUCCAGCAACAACAGCAGCAACUGCUGCAGCACCAGCACCAGCAUCACAUGGGCAUCAGCCAGUCGCAUUCGUAUAACUUUGGUGGUCACACGGCCUCCUCAUCCACAUCGCAACAUUCAUCCGCCAAUGAGGAUGAAAUGCUGGGAUCACCGCAUCCUCAUCCGCAGCAAUUGCCGCCUCAACAGCCGCCACCGCCGCCGGUGGCCUCCAGGCCCGAACGCACGAAAUCCAUCUACACGCGUCCCAUUGAAGAUCUGCAACCGACGCUGCCACCCGUCAACCAUCAGGCAGUGCCAGCAGCGCCCGCAACCACGCCCACAACGCCCCUGCAGAACCAUCGGGCGCCAGGCGGUAUGGCAGCGCCGGUGGCUUCGCCGUUGCUCCACAACAAUGCCACGACGACGCUGGACAAGAACAAGAACAAUGCAAAAACAACUGCAACUGCGACGCCAGCACCAACACCCCCAACAACCAUAACAACAGAAUCAGCAGAAACAGAAUGCACCGAUGCAACAACAGCAGCCACUACGGCCGCUAUUUUGUCUGCUACUAAUCCUAGUCGUACUACCACUUCUGCUACUUCUACUACUACUACUACUACUACUUCCACUGCAAUUACUCCUGCUCCUGUUCCUGACCCAGCUGCUGCAUCAGCGCAGCUCGCAGUUGAAACAGCAAUAGCAACCUAUGCCGCAGCAGCAGCAGCAGCAACAGUGACUUCAGCCACAACGACUAACCACCAUUCCUCUGCUUCCUCCUUUUCAUCAUUUCCUUCGUUCCACGACGACGAUGUCGCCACGCUGCACCACGCCCUACCGUCGAUCCACUGCCCCACGCCGACGUCUUCCGCCCGCAAUUCAACGAUUCCCGUACCGAUUACGGUCGUUCCCCUACCGCCCAUCAUCACGCCCGCCUCGCCGACUCCCGCCAACGCCGCCGGUCCUUCAGAUCUGUAUACAGCGGACAGCACGACAGCACCAUCUCCUGCGCCGCCGGCUGGCAACCAGAUCGCCGUGCCUCAGGCGGCUGCGGCGAGUGCCGUCACGCCAAACACCCGGGCUGCCAACGCCAAGAAGAAGAAGAUGUCCGAUGAGGAAAUCCUCGAAAAGCUACGAACCAUCGUCUCCGUGGGCGAUCCCAACCGCAAGUACACCAAAAUGGAGAAGAUCGGUCAGGGUGCCUCGGGCACAGUGUACACGGCUAUCGAGUCUUCUACUGGCAUGGAGGUGGCCAUCAAGCAGAUGAACCUCUCGCAGCAGCCCAAAAAGGAGCUGAUCAUCAACGAGAUUCUUGUGAUGCGGGAAAACAAGCAUCCGAAUGUGGUGAACUACCUGGACAGCUACCUGGUGUCCGAGGAGCUGUGGGUGGUUAUGGAGUACCUUCCCGGCGGAUCGCUCACCGAUGUCGUUACCGAGACCUGUAUGGACGAGGGCCAGAUAGCGGCGGUGUGCCGCGAGGUGCUGCAAGCGCUCGAGUUCCUCCACGCCAAUCAGGUAAUCCAUCGCGACAUUAAAAGCGACAACAUCCUGCUGGGCCUCGACGGUUCCGUCAAGCUGACUGACUUUGGUUUCUGUGCCCAAAUCUCGCCGGAGCAAUCGAAACGCACAACGAUGGUGGGCACUCCAUAUUGGAUGGCGCCCGAGGUGGUUACCCGAAAACAAUACGGACCAAAGGUGGACCUGUGGUCGCUGGGAAUCAUGGCCAUCGAGAUGGUCGAGGGUGAGCCGCCGUAUUUGAACGAGAAUCCGCUUAAAGCCUUGUACCUCAUUGCCACCAAUGGCAAGCCAGAGAUUAAAGAAAAAGACAAGCUCUCCGCAGCGUUUCAGGACUUCCUCGACCAGUGCCUGGAGGUGGAAGUGGAGCGGCGAGCGAGUGCGAUGGAUUUGCUAAAGCAUCCCUUCCUAAAGCUGGCACGUCCAUUGGCCAGUUUGACGCCUUUGAUUAUGGCCGCAAAGGAGGCCACUAAGGGCAACUGAUUGACAACCAAGAAGAAACAGCUUAUUUAACCAUUACUAAUGAAUUACUACUGCAGAAAACAACAACAGCAACAAGAAGAACAACCACAAUAGCAACAAUAACAGAUGAAUUAUUCAAGAUUAUGAUUACUAUUAUUAAUUAUUUAUAUAAACGUAUUAUAUACAAACAUAUUAUUAUAUUAUAUCUACUCUAACGAUACAAGCAACCAAACACUGCAUGCAUCAAGCAAGAGAUCCGCGUAGUUCAAUUCACACAGUUCGAUUUAUACCUUCUUCAAAGAUUUAAAAGAAAAAUUAUGAAUUCACCCGACGUUACUUUUGGCCACCAAAUCAACGAAACACGUUUCCAACAUUUGAGAUACAAAAACAUUUUUAAAAACUUGUACUUGUAUAGACCCAAAAAACGAAAAUUGUAUGGAGCAUUUUGAAUGCUUUUUAAAUUGUAAGAUGAACGUUCAUUUGGAGAAGUAAGAAACAAAUUGCUUACAUUAUAGUUUUGAAUAUUUAUAAAUUACAAUUGGUAACUUUUGCAUUUAUAACAACAUGAUAAUACACAUACAUACCUAUUUUUACAAUGUAUAAAGCACAUUAAAUUCGUUUAUUUCGUAAAAUUUCUAUAAGAAAGCCUAAAAUGUAUGAGUAUGAGAAUGAGACAGAGGAGGAACGAUUUGAAACGCUGUUACUAAUCUAAUGACUUGGAGUAUUAUUGCUGAUUUUAGUAAAAGUUUCAUUUAGUUCUUAUAUCGCUUUAUGUAAUAAAAAUAUAUAUAUUUUUAUAUGA